AUGGGUCAAUAUAUAUCUACAUCAUCAUCAAUAAAGACAGCGAGAUCAAAUUCCAUUUCUCCUAUUGAUUACGAAUUUGAUUCUCCUCGUUUUACUGUUAAUGAUGCAGAACAGAUACAACAAGGUAUCGACCAUUUAAACGAACAUGGUUAUGCAGUAUUCUCUACUGUGCUUUCGCCUAAUGAGAUUACUUUGAAUAUCGAUUUAUUAUGGGAACAUUUCGAAAGUUUAUUACCACCAUAUUUUAUUAAGCGAGACGAUGCAAAAACAUGGGAUGACGCAUGGCCUGGAGCGCCUGAGUUCGGAAUAUUGUCAGAUGACGGUUUUGGUCACUCACAAUUUAUGUGGUCGAUCCGAGGUAAUCCAAAUGUAAAAAAGAUUUUUACAGAAAUUUGGAAAACACCUGAACUACUUGUAUCAUUCGAUGCUGCUGGUUGCUUUCGUGAUUGGCAUAUAAAUCCUUUUUGGAAGACAGUAAGUGGAUGGUAUCAUUGUGAUCAAAAUCCAAUGGAAAAGUCUAAUCGUUGUUCGAUCCAAGGUUUUGUAUCUUUAACAGAUAAUGAUGAAUCUACUGGUGGUCUUGUUGUUGUACCUCAGUCACAUAAACAUUUUGAUGAACUUCGAUCAAUUGCUGAUAAGAACAAUGCGGGUACCAAUUCCAUCAACGUACCUAAAACACAUUCUUUGUUACAACAAUUUCAACCGCGUUUAGUUAAAUGCCAAGCAGGUGAUCUUGUAGUGUUUGAUUCUCGAUGUAUUCAUUGUAAUACGCCAGGUCUCGAUACUAACAGUAACAUAAAAAAAAUAAAAAGUUCAAUUAAAAGUCAAUAUCCUCGAUUAUUGCGCAUUGUUGCAUAUAUUUGUAUGAGUCCUACAGCUAUGGUUCCACCCGACAAACUCGAUAAAUUUCGAGAGACCAGAAAAGGAUUGGUUAUAGACAGAAAGUCUUGUACACAUUGGCCUGCUGAACUACAUGUUUCUGGCGGACCACAACAUGGUAUUGCAAAACCACUUCGUCUUUCCACAUACCAGCAAUCUCUUAUAUUUGGUACUGAUAUUGAGUUCAAUGAUGAAACAACAAGUCAACUAACGGAUAUGUGA